GGAUUCAUGAGCCCACCUGUGUAGUGUAGGUGUAGCCUGUCCUUUUUGGACCCGAUCGCACUGGGGAAGGACUCCUGAUCUCAUUUUCACGCUACUCUCCAUCUUCAAUCUCUAUCCUUCGGUCAAUAGAUUGGCACCCAUUUUAGACCAGAAGGAAGAGAAAGCAAGUAUAGUGGCUGGUGACAAAGUCGACCACCGGCACUGUGCUUCUGCUAUUACAAGUUUAUUUAUUUACUACUGCUGAUUAAGUUUUAGGGGUUUAGGGGCUUAACAUAGAAAAUGGAGGACACUGUCGCUUACAAGGAGUACUUAGCCGGUUUAAUAGCCGGUGUUGCCACCGUUAUCACCGGUCAUCCUUUCGAUACCGUCAAGGUAAAGCUUCAAAAACACAACACGGAAGCUCAUGGGAUUAAGUACAGGAAUGGUUUGCAUUGCACAGCUAGGAUCAUAAAGACCGAAGGAGUUAAAGGACUUUAUAGGGGUGCAACAUCAUCUUUCGUUGGGAUGGCUUUUGAGAGCUCACUUCUUUUUGGCAUUUAUUCUCAAACAAAGCAAUCCUUGCAGGAAGGAGUGCAUAGUGAUAUGCCCGUGCCCCAAGUGAUAAUUCCUUCUGCAGCUUAUAGUGGAGCAAUUAUCAGUUUUGUAUUAUGUCCAUCUGAACUAUUAAAGGAUGCAAGUUCAAGGCACUGGUUCCUUGGUUCCAAAGCUCAGUAGAUACAGUGGUCCUCUUGAUUGUGCCCUUCAAACAGUUAAAAGUGAAGGGGUGAGAAGAUCCUCUGUCCAUUGAUUACUUAAUUCUUAAACAC